AAAAGUCACUCAUAAAUGUCAGGAAGCGAUUCAUUUGUCAAAAUUUGUAAUUUUUCAAAAACAACAAAAAUCCAUUACAAAAUCAUAACCAAGCAAUAAAAUGUCUAUACAAGCAAGUAAGGUCCUUACAAAAACCAUACAACAGUCACAAAACAAACUAUGGAAUUCGAGCAGAUGUAUUGGACAAUGCUUAACCAAACAAUACUCAUCUACGGAAUGGUCAAACUUAAAUGAACCGCCGAGAAAAAAAGUUACCAAUAUGCCACCAAUGAAUGAACCGGUAAGAGGUCUCCCGAAACCUAUCUAUGCGAAUUUUAAGGAAGAUAAUCAGAAAACCAGAGUGACUGUUUUACCUAAUGGACUUACCGUAGCCUCGGAAAAUAGAUUUGGAGAAUUCUGUACAGUGGGAGUUGUAAUCGACUCUGGAUCCAGAUACGAAGUUGCAUAUCCGAGUGGUAUAUCACAUUUUCUAGAAAAGUUAGCUUUCAAUUCUACAAAAUACUAUCCAGACCGGGACGAAAUAAUCAACAAAUUAGAAAAACAUGGAGGGAUAUGCGAUAGUCAAGCGUCCAGGGACACUUUUAUAUACGCGGCUUCUGCAUAUACCUCUGGUCUUGGUGACGUUAUUCAGCUCCUUUCAGAAGCAACACUGAGACCUCAGAUCACUGCCGAAGAAGUCGAUGCAGCGAGACAAGCAAUUCACUUUGAACUGGAAACAUUAAACAUGCGUCCAGAGCAAGAAACACUGCUUAUGGAUAUGAUACAUGCCGCAGCUUAUCGCGAUAAUACGUUGGGUCUGCCAAAACUAUGCCCCCCACAAAACUUAAAUAAAAUAGACAGGGACAUGUUAUUCACGUAUCUCGACCAACAUUACACUCCGAAGAGAAUGGUGAUAGCAGGUGUCGGAGUUGAACACUUCAAGCUCGUGGAUGCCGUUCAAAAGUACUUCGUCGAUGUUAAACCAUUGUGGGAAACGGAAACUGAAUUGGAGAAUAGGAAAAAUUUGGGCUGCGAUCGUAGUCUCGCGCAGUACACGGGAGGUAUGGUACAGGAAGAAUGUGAUAUUCCCCAGUUCGCUUCUGCUGGGCUGCCUGUUCUGUCGCACAUUAUGAUAGGUCUAGAAAGCUGUUCCCACCAGGACAAAGAUUUUAUCGCUAUGUGCGUCCUGAACAUGAUGAUGGGCGGCGGCGGUUCUUUUAGCGCGGGAGGACCUGGGAAAGGGAUGUACACCAGACUAUACACUAAUGUUCUAAAUAGGUACCACUGGAUGUAUAGCGCCACCGCUUACAAUCACGCUUACUCGGACACGGGUCUUUUCUGCAUUCACGCGAGUGCGCCCCCAACGCACGUCCGUGAUAUGGUGGAAGUUAUUGUUAAGGAGAUGGUAAACAUGGCGGGAAAUGUGUCCGAUCAGGAAUUGAGGAGAGCAAAGACACAGUUGCAGUCCAUGCUUCUGAUGAAUUUGGAAUCGAGGCCCGUCAUGUUCGAAGACAUCGGAAGGCAAGUUUUAGCUACGGGCCAUCGGAAGAGGCCAAAGUAUUUUAUUGAUGAAAUCGAAAAAAUAACAAAAGAUGACAUUAUAUCAGUAGCGAGACGACUAUUGAGUUCACAGCCUGCUGUGGCGGCAAGGGGGGAUCUACGGAAGAUGCCUUCCCUAGAAUACAUCCAAGCCGGUUUAAUCGACAGCGAAGGCAAAAUGCCGAGCGGCAGGAAACUGUCUUUAUUUAGGUAAAACAAUAGCAAGCACUAAAUGUUUUUUUAAAUGAUCUUGCAAGGAUUUUACAUUAUUUAUUAAGAGAUCUUUCUCGUGCCAUUAUUUCCAUAUGUAGUUUACAUUAUGUAACUUGUGGAAUAUUGGCAGGAACUUACUGUACUGAUAGUGGUUACUCUUGUAUAUAUUUUUUUGUAAUAAGAAUUGUAAAACAUA